AUGUUUUACAAAAUCAUCACAGGUUUAGUACUCCUUCUUUGUGCUUCCCUUUCAUUAGCUGAUGGAUCCCAAAAUAUUGGAUCCCUUCAAGUCACACCUUUGGAUUACGAUAAAUAUGCUGAGACUAUAGAUCUAAAGUUGUUAAGAUUCUUUGAUAGUAAUGAAGUGUUUUUUUAUGACAGUGAGGCCAAAACAUAUGACAGUGCAACACAAACAGUGAGAAAUGCUAGUAUCUUGAGCACUGGCCAAUUUACAAUUGGUCAAGAGGGUAAAGAUUAUUAUUUAACUAUUAACCCUGUAUCGGGUGUUGUGAGUGUUUCAAAAGAUAGCAAAACAUCUAACGGCCUUUUUUACAUCAAUGAUAACUAUUUGUAUUAUCAAUAUCAUAAGCUAUUUGUUGCUUGCAAAAGUACACCAGAUGCUCAUAAUUACACUUUGACAUGGAGAGGAGCUUCAUCACCUGCAAUUUGUCAAAAUGAUUGGUUAUUGAUUUAUUUGAAACCAUAUGGAUCCUCAAAUGGAACUGCUAUUUCUUCCUAUUACCCAAAUGAAUAUGCUGCAUCUAUAGCUUCAACUGCUACAGAUAACACAGAUACAUCUACCGUGACUGCUCCAGUGACAACAGGGUCUUCAAAAGCUUCAGCUAAUGGUGCCAAUGCUCAUUUAGUUGGUAUUGAAUCAGGUGUUUCUAGGUAUUCUGGGUUAUCGGUUUUGAUCGUUGUAUUGAUUAGUUUUAUAUUUUGA